UUGACUUGUCAGUGGGGAAAAGUUUUAAGGAAAGAAAAAAAAAAAAAGAAAAAGCCAAAUCACGGAAGAGAUUCUGUAGUCCUACUAGUUUGGCAAGUUCUGUGCGCGCAAAGCAGCGUUCGAAAGGCGGAGAAGAGGCAGAAGAAACUCGCAACUGUGCGCUUUUUAUUACACCGCUCCUGUCCCGCAGAAGAGUUUUACGAGAGGAGUCAUGGAGGAUGCUAUUAAGACCAUGGUGAAGGUCUUCAUGAAGUCGAGCAAAGGAAAGGAGAGUCUAGGGAAGAAAGAAUUCCAAGGCCUCGUCAAGUCCCAGUUCAGCAACAUCCUGUCGGACGCAGGGAGCAAGGAGGCGGUCAGCAACAUGGGUCAGGGUCUGGAUGAAAACCAAGACGGCAAGGUCGGCUUCGAGGAGUACAUGAAGCUGGUCGGCUACCUGGCGGUCUCGCUCAGUGAGCAGCGAACCCUCGCCAAAGAGGAACCGGCCCAAAACGCUGCUGCCGGACAAGUGGCCCAAAGCGCUCCCGACAAAGAGGAGGAGAAGCCGGAGGCGACCCCAGCGGCUACGGAGGAGGCCAAGCCGGUAGCAAAUGAAGAGGCAAAGGCAGACGCAGCUGCUGAAGUGAAGGUAGAAGCAAAAGCGGAUGCAAACCUAGAAGUAAAGGUAGCAGUGAAAGAAGAGGGAGAGACGCAGCCUGAUGUCGCAAAGGAGGAGCCAGCGGUGGUGGUCGGGCCAGCGGCAGCGGCAGCGGCAGCGGUGCCAGCGGCGGUGGCGGCAGCGGCGACAGAAGCAGCAGAGGCUCCAGCCGUCGAGGUGGCAGCAGCGGCCGUGGAGGUGGUGGUGAAAGAAGAGGGGGAGGCGGUGGAAACGGUGAAGUUGGAGGAGGUUGUAGAAAAGGUGGCUGCAGCAGUGGAGGAGGAAGUGGAGAAGAAGACAGAGGAGGCGACCUCAUAGGGGACAAUCCACAACAAAAAACACACAACACACACACAUACACAAAACAUAGCAUUAACGUUGCCAAUAAUAAGUUUGUAAGCCACUAAAGUUUGUUUUUUUUAAACUCACAACU